AUGCCGAAAACCGACAUCACAGAAGCGAUCGCGACGACGGACACCGAAGUGAACGAGACGAUAGAUACCAUUCACGAAGCGAUCGCAACAGCAGUCGUCAGGAAGACAGCCGCAGAGGCGAAUCGGAACGCGGUGGACAUGUUUCCAGCAGAGAUAGAAGAAGCGCCGAGCGUUCUUCCCGCAGCGACUACCGGCACUCCCGUGAUUACUCGGACCGUGGCAGUGAACGUUCUGACCGCCGCCGAGACGAUGCUUACGAUUCGCGACACAGAGAUUCAGGCCGCACCGAAUCGUCUCGCUCUGACCGCCGAAGUGAUGAUGGGUUAUGGUCGCACGUCCGAUUCGCGAAGCAGCAGGCGCGAUGUGGAUUUCGACCGAGACGCGGGGUAUGGCCGCGCAGAGUCAUCGCGCGGCUCCGACCGACGGGACGAUGGUCACCGCCGAAGUCGAUCGAGAUCCCGUGACCGACGAGGGUAUUAG